AGUAAAAGUAUAGCAAAACGCAAAAGACGAAUCCUCAUUAUGCCUUAUAAAAAGCAUUAGCACAAAAAUAAUUAGUAUUGUUUUUAUAGUGAUUUUAUUGUUCUCAUCUUUCUUUUAUUAAUCUAUUUUAUUGAUUAAGAAUAAUUUUAUAGAUUUUAAAAGUUAUACGAAAUUUUUAUAAUUAAAUGAGUGUGUUAGCGAUCGAGCCAACGAGUAAGAAAAUAGUAUAUCUCUCAUCAUCUAAUCUCGUGAAUUUCAUACGUUUAACUCUCAAUUCGCGUCUCUCGUCGCAAAAUCCCAAUUCCUACUUUGUUUUGCUCACAAAAUAAUCGCUCUAAUAAUUUCACUCUUUUCUCGUAAACUCACUAAUCCUUUCUCUACUUCUUGUCAUCUUCUCCUACACUUUUUUUCUAUCUUUUUUCUCAAUUCGUUCUUGCUACCUCGCUCUGUCUUACUCGUUAGUUUUGUCGUUCGUCUCUAACAAGUGUACUUCAUCUCAGAACUAAAAGUGUCUAAAAAACUUUAUGGAAAGAACAAAGUUUAAAAGAUCGAAGAGUAAAAAGUCAAAGCAACCAGAGCAAUCCACACAGGAACCAUUAGUAAAAAGAAAAUGUUGUCAAACUUUUAUUACGGUGAGAAAAUUUGGGAAAGAAGAUUUCAUAUGUAUAAUCAAGGGCACGGUCAAAGUCAGCUAUUUUUCUGAGUAUUUUUCCAUAUGCGAGAAAGACUUCUGUUGCAAAACACCAGUUCGUCCUAAAUAUUAUGCCAUAUGGGAAUUAACUAUGACAGAAUUAGAAAAAAGAAAGGAUGUUGCGACUAUUACGACACUUAUGGGCACCCGUAUGGUGGGAGAAAAAAUCGAAACCAAGGAAGUACCGAUUGCGACAAUGCGUGUAUUAUCGGCUCGUAUCAUACCAGAAAGAGAACAGCUAGGCAAGUAUAAGAAUGUGUAA